GAUUUUCUUCUUGUUUCCUCCUUCUUUCUCCAUAGUUAAUGGGAGAAGAUGCUGAAAAUCUGAAAGUAAUUUGUAAAAUUUUAAGAGAUCAGUAGUCUAUAAAAAAUUACGAUUUCAUGAAAUGCAGGGCCACCAAACCGCCAAGGCCCAAAGUCAAGUGAAUUUAGCAAAUAACUCUGGAUUGUCUCUGGGAAGCCAAAUUAUCGUCAAAAUGAACGAUUCCAUUCCAAUGUCGACUGUCGGUUUAUUAGAGCUCGCUCAUAGAGAAUAUCAAGCGGGGGAUUAUGAAAAUGCCGAAAGACAUUGCAUGCAACUCUGGAGGCAAGAUCAAACCAACACGGGGGUACUUCUGCUUCUGUCCAGUAUACAUUUUCAAUGUCGUCGAUUGGAUAAAUCAGCGCAAUUCAGCACAUUGGCUAUAAAACAAAACCCUCUUCUUGCUGAAGCUUACAGCAACCUUGGAAAUGUGUAUAAAGAAAGAGGACAACUCCCAGAAGCACUGGAAAACUACAGACAUGCAGUGCGACUGAAACCAGAUUUCAUUGAUGGUUAUAUCAAUUUAGCAGCUGCAUUAGUGGCAGCAGGGGAUAUGGAACAGGCAGUUCAAGCUUAUAUCACUGCUUUGCAAUAUAAACCAGAUCUCUACUGUGUUCGUAGUGAUUUGGGUAAUCUACUAAAAGCUCUAGGUCGUUUAGACGAAGCCAAGGCUUGCUACUUGAAGGCCAUAGAAACUAGGCCAGAUUUCGCCGUAGCUUGGAGCAAUCUGGGAUGUGUAUUCAACGCGCAAGGCGAAAUUUGGUUGGCCAUCCACCAUUUCGAAAAAGCCGUUGGACUGGAUCCGAACUUUUUGGACGCUUACAUCAAUCUCGGCAACGUGCUCAAAGAGGCGAGGAUAUUCGACAGAGCGGUAGCGGCCUACCUCCGAGCCCUCAACCUCUCCCCCAACAAUGCCGUCGUUCACGGGAACCUCGCCUGCGUCUACUACGAGCAGGGCCUCAUCGACCUGGCCAUCGAUACCUACCGAAGAGCCAUCGAUCUCCAACCCAACUUUCCCGACGCCUACUGCAACCUGGCGAACGCGCUCAAAGAGAAGGGACAAGUUUCCGAGGCCGAAGAUUGCUACAACACGGCGCUACGGCUCUGCCCAACGCACGCCGAUUCCCUCAACAAUCUGGCGAACAUCAAGCGCGAGCAAGGUUACAUCGAAGAGGCCACCAGGUUGUACCUCAAGGCUUUGGAGGUGUUCCCGGAAUUCGCGGCCGCGCAUAGUAAUCUGGCGUCGGUGCUGCAGCAGCAGGGCAAACUCAACGAGGCUCUGAUGCACUACAAAGAGGCCAUCAGGAUCCAGCCGACUUUCGCUGAUGCCUACUCUAAUAUGGGAAAUACUCUUAAAGAAAUGCAAGAUGUCUCCGGAGCCCUACAGUGUUACACACGAGCGAUUCAAAUAAACCCAGCCUUCGCCGACGCCCACAGCAACCUGGCGAGCAUCCACAAAGAUUCCGGGAACAUUCCAGAAGCCAUCCAGUCGUACAGGACAGCUCUGAAACUGAAACCGGAUUUCCCGGAUGCGUAUUGCAACCUAGCGCAUUGCUUGCAGAUUGUUUGUGACUGGACUGACUAUGAUUCCAGGAUGAGGAAGUUGGUGAGCAUCGUCGCCGAUCAGCUGGACAAGAACCGACUUCCGUCGGUCCAUCCUCAUCAUUCUAUGUUGUACCCGUUGUCUCACGAGUUCCGCAAAGCGAUCGCAGCCCGUCACGCCAACUUGUGUUUGGAGAAGAUCAACGUCCUCCACAAAGCGCCCUACAAGUUUCCCACGGAACUGAGAGGUAGGCUGAGGAUCGGGUACGUCAGCAGCGACUUCGGUAAUCAUCCCACGUCGCACUUGAUGCAAUCGGUUCCCGGCAUGCAUGACAAAACCAAGGUCGAGGUGUUCUGCUAUGCCUUGAGUCAAGACGACGGCACCACUUUCCGGAGCAAGAUUUCCAGAGAGGCGGAGCACUUCAUCGACUUAUCAAACAUCCCUUGCAACGGCAAAGCCGCCGAUCGCAUUUACUCGGACAACAUUCACAUCUUGGUGAACAUGAACGGAUACACGAAAGGUGCUAGGAACGAAAUUUUCGCGUUGAGGCCUGCUCCAGUUCAGGUCAUGUGGUUGGGUUAUCCCGGCACUAGCGGCGCCAUUUUCAUGGACUAUUUGAUUACGGACGCAAUUACUUCUCCGAUCGAAGUUGCUAACCAGUACAGCGAGAAGCUGGCGUACAUGCCGUACACGUACUUUAUCGGCGACCACAAGCAGAUGUUUCCCCAUCUUAGGGAGAGGUUGAUUGUGAGUGAUAGGAAUGGUCAAAAUUUGGCCGACAACGUAGCCAUAAUAAAUGCGACGGAUCUGUCUCCUUUGGUGGAGUCGGCGGACAUUAAGGAGAUUAAAGAGAUUGUGAAGGCGGCUAAGCCGGUGGAAAUCAGCCUCAAGGUCGCUGAAUUGCCCACAACUAUGCCAAUCGAAAAUAUGAUUGCUUCGGGCCAAGUUCAGACUUCUCUCAACGGCGUAGUCGUUCAGAACGGACUCGCGACGACUCAAACCAACAACAAAGCCGCCACCGGCGAAGAAGUCCCCCAGAACAUCGUCGUCACCACGAGACAGCAGUACGGCCUGCCUGACGACGCAGUCGUCUACUGCAACUUCAACCAACUGUACAAAAUAGACCCGAUGACGCUGCACAUGUGGGUGAAUAUCCUGAAGGCGGUGCCGAACGCGGUGCUGUGGCUGCUUCGUUUCCCCGCCGUCGGCGAACCGAACCUGCUGGCGACCGCGCAACAUCUCGGCCUUCCCGCCGACAAGAUCAUCUUCAGCAACGUUGCCGCCAAGGAGGAGCAUGUCCGCAGGGGGCAGCUCGCUGAUGUUUGUUUGGACACGCCGUUGUGCAACGGACACACGACCAGUAUGGACGUGUUAUGGACGGGCACGCCGGUUGUUACAUUGCCCGGAGAGACGCUGGCUUCCAGGGUGGCUGCGAGUCAGCUAAAUACGUUGGGGUGCCCAGAGCUGAUCGCCAGGUCGAGGCAGGAGUACCAGGACAUCGCCAUCAAACUGGGGACGGAUAAAGAAUACUUGAAAGCCAUGAGACACAAGGUAUGGACAGCUCGAUCAAAUUCGCCUCUAUUCGAUUGCAAAAUAUACGCACAAGGACUGGAGCUGCUGUACUUCAAGAUGUGGGAACGUAACGCCGCUGGUCUCAAACCGGACCACAUCACAGACACGACUGCAAAGAAGUAAUCCGUCAAUCACCCACUCGAAAGGAUCUUUCUUGAAUCUCCCUUGUCAUUUGUGCUUCCUUCAUUCUUGAGCAGAUUGAAUCAAAACGGGAAAAACAGUUCCAAGGGGUAGAUUAGACUCGAGCAACAUCCUGAAAUGGAACAAUUUUUUAUGGUUGACAGUAUUUAAUAUUUAUACAAAAUAUUUUUAGCAACUCUAAGUUGUUCGGUUCUAUUGAUUUUUAAUAGUGACUUGGACUGGCUUGUUAUGUUAUGAUAUGAUGAUACUUGUGUAUAUUUUUUUAGCUUAAGGAAUGUACAUGUGCAGAGUUUGGAUGCGUUGCAUUCACUAUUAUCUGAUUAUAUAAUUACCUUAUUAGUAAGUUACAAAUAAACCAACGGAUGUUUAUUUCUUCA